AAAAACAGAAAAAAAAGGCUAUCUAAACGAGCCCGAGUCUGCCAGCCUCCCCCUUCCAUUCCUCCUCUAGCGAAGAAGGGCGUCCUCUCCCUCGGCGCUCCCCAUCUACCACGAUGAGGUAGAGGAGAGGUGCAUAGCCUGAGCCUGAGGACGAGGAGGCUGCUCUCCCCCGCUCUUGGCCAUAGGAGCAUUAACCGCUCCCUUGACGCCGGCAUCUCUCUCUUCCUCCCUUUGCUCCUCCUUACCAAGACAAGAGAAUAGAUGGAGGACGGCGGCAAGGCGGACGGGCUGGGCACCCUGCGCGCGGUGCUCGCCAUCCUCCAAUGGUGGGGCUUCAACGUCACCGUCAUCAUCAUGAACAAGUGGAUCUUCCAGAAACUGGAUUUCAAGUUUCCUCUGACGGUGUCAUGUGUCCACUUCGUAUGUUCUUCAAUUGGAGCUUAUAUCGCUAUCCAUGCGCUUAAGGUGAAACCACUGAUUCAAGUUGAACCGGAGGACCGUUGGAGAAGGAUAUUUCCAAUGUCAUUUGUCUUCUGCAUAAACAUUGUUCUGGGAAAUGUGAGCCUACGGUAUAUUCCAGUCUCCUUCAUGCAGACAAUUAAAUCUUUCACUCCUGCAACCACAGUUAUUCUGCAGUGGUUAGUUUGGAGUAAGCAUUUUGAGUGGCGCAUAUGGGCUUCGCUAGUCCCUGUAGUUGGGGGAAUACUCCUAACUUCAGUAACAGAGCUUAGCUUCAACGUUUUUGGUUUCUGUGCUGCCAUGGUUGGCUGCCUGGCUACAUCUACGAAAACCAUCUUGGCAGAGUCCCUACUCCAUGGAUACAAAUUUGACAGCAUCAACACAGUUUACUAUAUGGCACCUUUUGCCACCAUGAUAUUGGCUCUACCAGCAAUGUUACUUGAAGGAGGCGGCGUAAUCAACUGGUUCUACACACAUGAUUCAAUCAUUCCUGCGCUGAUUAUCAUCCUAGGUUCAGGGGUGCUUGCGUUUUGCCUUAACUUCUCCAUCUUCUACGUGAUCCAUUCAACUACAGCAGUGACUUUCAAUGUUGCCGGCAACCUUAAAGUUGCGGUCGCAGUAUUAGUCUCCUGGUUGAUCUUCCGUAACCCAAUCUCUGCUAUGAAUGCAAUUGGAUGUGGAAUCACACUGGUUGGCUGUACUUUCUAUGGCUAUGUAAGGCAUCUGAUCUCCCAAAGGCAGGCUGCUGCCCCAGGGGGGAGCCCAAGAACAGCACGCCCGAACUCGCCAAGAAGUCACAUGGAGAUGCUUCCCCUUGUAGACGACAAGCAAGAAAAGGUUUAGCGAGUGGAUGCCCUCAUAUCCAAAGCAGUGGAAGGUACAAGUUGGCAUACAGACAGAUGCUAUGUUGAGAGAAGGAAGACAGUGGUCAACUGGUGAUAGGACUGCACUCUGCCGGCCUCAAGGUUGCAUAAGUUGUUAAGAGUCAUAGGGGGGCAAGCAAUACUUUCUUGAAGAAUGUAUGUACUCAUGCUUAGAGACUAGUAAUUGUUAUAGCACUCGUCAUUUGUGACAUUAGCCCCCAGCAUGAGAAUCCGUUAUUAGGAGGGUUGAUUUUAUUUCUUUUUGUCGAUUUGCCGUGAUAUAUUUAUUCUAAAAUUUGGACCGCUGACCUGAAA